AUGCCAAACGGAAACUGGAUCCUCGGCGACCUUUUCGAGAAAGAGUACGGCCAUCGCGGUAGCAUCCAGAAGCUCUGGGAGCAGCGAUGGAAGUUUCCAUGCACCAAAGGCGUUUAUCCGUUUCAUGAUGGAAAAUUCGAGGACUUUGAGCCCAUCUUUAAGCACCUCAUCGAUAACAAAAUCAAUGACCCCUUUGACGAUGCAUACACCAAUGCAUUCCUGCCAACAGCACAACGUCUUGCAAAGGAAGCAAAGGAGAUGGAGAGCAAAAACAAAGAAGCAGCGAAGAAGUUGUACCUCAACGCAAACGCUGUUUUCCGACUCGCCCGAUUCCCCUACAUCGGGACCGAACUGAAGAAGAAGGUAUACGAGGAGCAAAAAGAAGUCUACUUCCGCGGUGCCCAACUCUGGGACAUUCCAAUCGAAGAAUUCGUCGUACCGCACACCCACGCCUCUAACGGUGACGGUCCAGAAAUUCCCCUCUACAUUCGUAAACCCCCCGGCAAUGGCCCCUUCCCCACCGUCCUCCUGAUCACCGGCCUCGACGGCCACCGCCCAGACAACACGGAACGCACCCAAGAGCACCUAAAUCGCGGUUGGGCAACUGUAAUCUGCGACAUACCCGGAACAACCGUCGACUGCCCCGCCAACAAGCGCGACCCCCUCAGCCCUGACCGCCUCUUCACCAGUAUCCUAGACUGGAUAAAAGAAACCCCGUAUCUCAACGAGAACAAAGUAAUUGCCUGGGGCCUCUCCGCAGGCGGCUACUACGCCAUCCGCCUGGCCCACACUCACCGCACACAACUCAUCGGCAGCAUCGGCCACGGCGCCGGAACCCACCACUACAUCAGCCGCGAGUGGCUAUCUCAAAUCAACAAGCACGAGUACCCCUUCGGCCUCGAAGAAGCGUACACGCAGAAAUACGGUUACUCCUCCUUCGAAGAGAUGAAGGAAAAGUGCCAGGAUGAAUUCAGUCUAGUUAGUGGCAAGGGAGAGGGCGUGGCGGUCGUGGGCAUGGGCAUGAAGAGUUGUAGGUUGUUGCUUGUGAAUGGCGUGCUAGAUGGAUGUAUGCCGAUUGAGGAUUCCAUGUUACUGGCCGAGUAUGGGAGUCCAAAAGAAAUGCGGUUUAUGAAGGACAGGCUGCAUAUGGGGUAUCCGGAGGCAAAUGGGAGUGUGUAUCCGUGGAUGGAGGAGGUUGUUGCUGGCAAGUAA